AUGAAGGACGAAGGGGUUACAAAUUCACUGAUGGCCACCAACAGUGAGAGCUGCUUCGCGUCUCGCGGAUCCAUUUUUGCCAUUGUCGAUAACAUUCACUGGGCGAUCGCCAGCGCCAAACACAACAAAGCUUAUGUCCUUCGAUUUGUGCCAGUACUUAAGCAGAUUACAAAAGUUUUGAACGGAGCAGAUGUGAAAUUCAUACGCCAAGCCGAAUUCUACAGCGAUCUGAAAGAAACCCUACACAAGAUUGAAGACCACGUUAAGGAAAGUUCAACUCGUGGAAAAUGGAUGAAUAGGUUGAUGGCUAAGAAGAAUCAAAAGAGUUUCAAUGAAUUUGAGAAGCAUGUGGAUGAUCUCAUAACACGAAUCGUUUUUUCGUUCGCCCAGCGAGUUCAGCAGCAGAACAUGGCUCGGCAAAAGAAGAAACCGUUGCCAGAGAUACCGGAAGAAGAUGAGUUGUGCGAAUGCAAGAUGGACGUGGAACGUGCUUGUCCGUUAGCAACAAAUGAUGAUACUCCAGGGGAGGGAGUAUCUUUGGCAAGUCAGGAAGAUGACAUAGCUGGCGAAAGAUAA